GCUUUAAAUACUCCCCUAGCAGGUCGGUACAGAGCCCCCCCAGCCAGGUACUUACAGCUUACAGUACCUCCUAGGUAGGCACUUGGCGGUGGACUAAUAGUGGUCCGGCUCACUUAUGUGACAUGUCUCACCUCACCUUCGCAAUAACUCAAAUGCUGUUCCAAGCAAAGGCGAGAAUCGAGAGCCGUCGAUCCGCCAACACCCUCCACCACCACCGUGACACGCCGGCAAGCCGCCUUGGUGCUAUUGUCACAUCGACGUCGAUAUCCUAAAGCUUCAUACCCUCGAGUCUGGUCCCGACCUCGAUGCCGAGUCCAUCCGCGGCCAACGCUAUCCCCGUCGCCUCGAUGUGCUCGUUCUUGGGCCCCUUCUCCUUUCCAUUGUAAAUUCAUCCACUCAUUCAUUGAAUCCUAUCGACCACUUUUGGCCCUCGCUCGUUCACUCUUGCAUUUCCCGUUCGGCCUUGCCCUUUACCUACCUAAUCCCACUUAUAUUUUCAUCCAACCUUUUAUUUGCAUCACUUAACCCAUCUCCUUGACGCCCAUGUUCGAGCAUUGAAUUAAUCUUCAUCUCACUACACAAUGCCAUCUGAGAAGUCCCGCUACGAGCCGGCGCCGCCCAUACCGUCGUACGAGGAGGCCACGGCCGGCGACGCAUCAUCUUCCAGGUCGCCCUGGCCCCCAUCACCGUCGCCGUCCGCCGCAGACACAAGACCCGACCACGAAACGGAAGCUCAGUCGCUCCUCCGCCACAACAGACCGCUCAACCCAUCGAGGAGGGCGCCCGCAGGCUACCAACCCCCACAUGUCGAAACUGAUGAUGAAGGGUCAGACUGGAGCCUCGAAGACGACAGCGAUGAUAAUGAUGCCCAUGAAGCCGCCCAGGUGCGGCGUGAGAUGCAGGAGUUGGAAAUAGAAGACCCCCUUAGCGACUCGAACGCGAGCACAUCGUCUUGGACAAAACGGAUAAGCUUUUCGCGGUUCUCAUUACCGCGGUGGAAAUGGAGGUGGCGCUUACCACGGAUGACGGUUCGACUGCCUCGCCAAUCUGAUAAUGCAAACAACGAUGACAAUGACGACGAAACCGCCGAAUCGAACGAGACGAGAACGCGAUGGCGCUUCCCGAAGCUGGCUUUGAGCAGUCGCGAUGUCGUGCUCCUCAUUGGCCGGCUGCUUGCCCUCACCGCCGUCUUAGGCACUGUUUAUCUCCUCUUCGUAAGCGACUUGUUUGCCAACAUGUCGAAACGGCUCAACAACCAGAUGUAUGACCCCGAGGCUGUCCGAGAGUUCCUCCAGUUGAAGAUCGAACCGGAACAGAUAAAAGAAUCGUUAAGGCAUUUCACGAGUUAUGCGCAUCUUGCCGGUACUGAGGGAGACUAUGCGCUCGCCAUGGACAUACAUAAUGCUUUCGUGAAAAACGGCUUCGACCAAGUGGCCGUCGAUGAAUACUACGUUUACCUAAACUACCCACAGAAAAACGGUCGCCUUAUUGAGAUCAUGUCUGCGGAUGGGAAGAAGCCAAUUUGGAGUGCCAUACUGGAAGAGAAUGAUGUAGGGGGCGAAAGCGCAGGUCACCAGACGUACGCGUUCCAUGGCCACUCCAUGCCUGGAGAUGUCAAGGGUCCACUGAUAUAUGCAAAUUACGGCUCUCGUAAAGACUUUCAGAGACUUGCGGACCAAGGCAUCGAUACCAAAGGCGCUAUAGCGCUCGUCCGUCACCACGGCACGCAACAAAGCGUUGCGUUAAAGGUUAAAGCAGCGGAAAUGGCAGGGUUUGUUGGAUGUAUCGUCUACAGCGACCCCGCCGAUAAUGGUUUUGUCAAAGGCGAACCCGCGCCAAAGGGGCGCUUCAUGCCAUCUGAUGGUGUUGAGAGGGGCUCAGUAAGUUUGUCUAACUGGGUCAUCGGUGAUGUACUCACCCCGGGCUGGGAGAGCAAAGAGGAGAACCCUCGUAUGAAACUUGACCAGACCAAGGGGCUUGUACGCAUACCAAGCUUGCCAAUUGCAUGGCGAGAUGCACAGGUUUUACUACAGCAUAUCGAAGGAUUCGGUGAGCAACCCCCGAAGGGCUGGAGAGGCGGGGUCCCACAAGUGAAGUGGUGGACUGGCAACUCGUCUUCACCCAUCGUACGUCUCAGAAACGAACAAGAUGACAACGAGAAGCAGAAGAUCUGGAACAUCUAUGGCAAGAUUGAUGGCAUUGAACAGGAAGAAAAGUCUAUCAUCAUCGGCAAUCAUCGCGAUGCAUGGGCAUUCGGCGCUACGGAACCGAACUCUGGUACAGCCAUCAUGCUUGAGGUGGCGCGCGUUUUCGGCGAGCUUGCAGGCAAAGGCUGGCGUCCCCUCCGCUCCAUUGAAUUCAUGAGCUGGGACGCCGAAGAGUAUAAUAUGAUAGGGAGCACGGAGUUUGUCGAGAAGAAUCUCGAAGUUCUCCAAAAGCAGGCCUUCGCAUAUAUCAAUCUGGAUGGUGCUAUUUCUGGUCAGGAUUUCCAUGCCGCUGGCUCCCCUAUGUUUCGCAAACUAAUGAACAAGGUUCUGGGAAGAGUCUUCGACCCAGUCGCUAAUGAGACCUUGUACACCUUAUGGCAAGAUAGGAAGGCCGACCUCGAACCCCUAGGAUCUGAGAGUGACUAUGUUGCCUUCCAGGACAUCGCGGGAACUAGCUCAUUGGAUAUUCGCUUUGACGGAAAGCCACACCCACGCCACACUUCGUACGACAACUUUCAGUGGAUGGAAUCUAUAGGCGAUCGAGAUUUCGUGUACCACGGUUUACUCGGCCAGGUGCUUGCGCUUCUUAUCAUAGAGCUUGCCGAUAGGCCAGUUUUGCCCCUGGAUUUGGGUAAUUAUGCUUUCAGCCUGGACCGCUACUACCUCGGUCUAUGGCAAUGGGCUGAGAAGAAAGGCAUCAGCGGAGGCGUCAACCCAAAGAUCAUGCUGGAUCCCAUUAAGGAGGCGCUCAACCAUGUCAGAAAAUCCAUCACGCAGUUCGAGAGGUGGGAGCCAUACUGGGAACAGGCCGUUAUCGCGGCCAAUGGAUGGGAACCUGCCGGCCUGGGCCUCCGACGACUUGACUACAACAGUCGAAUGGCUGCUUUUGAAUCAGAUCUUCUCGAUCUCGAAGUCGGCGGUGGUAUACCCAACCGAACUCAAUUCAAGCACGUCAUCUUCGGCCCUCAGCUCUGGAACGAGUACAAAGACCCGUACUUCCCCGCCAUUAGGGACGUGAUAGAGGCACAGGACUGGCCGCUUGCGCAGGCUAUCAUUGACAAGACUGCUAAGAUUAUCGACUAUGCUGCUACGGCACUUGUCGCGGUAUGAUUGAGCAAAUUCAAUGCAAUGCAAUUUUACGGUCUUUUCUGCUUUUGCGUCUUGGUUCAUAUGUAUACAUGUUGUCGCCUGAACGCGAUUUCUCUUUUUUUUAUUUUCGGGUUGCUUAUAAUUAGAUGAAACGAUAGUUAUAGUCGAUACUGGGACUGACUUGACUGGACUGGUUUUGAACUGAUUGAUUGAUUGCAUGGCUCGGCGUUCCGGCGGCCCAUCCUGCCUCCUUACACUUGGUAUUUGUCCGCCACCACCCCGCCUUCUGCCGUCCCCUUGACUU